UCUAUCACCAGCGCACCGCAAACGACUCAGGUCCAUUGGCAUCCCAAACAUUCUCGGCCUCUUUAUUUUUUCCUAUUUUUUUUUUAAUUCAUGGGCAAAAGAACAAACAGGAGAUAGGCGAAGAGAGUGAUCGAGCUUUUGACAUCAGAUCUAGGGUUUUGCGAUGGAGUCGACAGCCAAGGAGGUGGGGAUUCUCGCCAUGGACAUCUACUUCCCUCCUACUUGCGUUAAGCAGGAAGAGCUUGAAGCUUAUGAUGGGGCAAGCAAGGGAAAGUAUACAAUUGGGCUUGGGCAAGAUUGUUUGACCUUUUGCACAGAAUUGGAAGACGUCAUCUCAAUGAGCUUGACAGUUGUUACAUCACUCCUUGAGAAGUAUCAGAUUGAUCCAAAAAGAAUUGGGAGGUUGGAAGUUGGUACCGAAACGGUAAUCGACAAGAGCAAGUCUAUAAAGACUUGGUUGAUGCAAAUCUUCGAGGAAAGUGGCAAUACCGAUAUUGAAGGAGUUGAUUCAACAAAUGCGUGCUAUGGUGGAACAGCUGCUUUGUUCAACUGUGUAAAUUGGGUGGAGAGUAGCUCGUGGGAUGGCCGUUAUGGUCUUGCGGUCUGUACAGACAGCGCGGUUUAUGCGGAAGGUCCUGCUAGACCAACAGGUGGUGCAGCUGCUAUUGCAAUGUUGAUUGGGCCAAAUGCGCCAAUUGCUUUUGAGAGCAAAUACAGAGGGACACACAUGUCUCAUGUUUAUGAUUUUUACAAGCCCAAUCUAGCAAGCGAAUAUCCGGUUGUUGAUGGAAAACUAUCUCAGACAUGCUAUCUCAUGGCACUUGAUCAAUGCUACAAACAAUUUUGUAGCAAGUUUGAGAAAUAUGAGGAAAAACAAUUUUCAAUUUCUGAUGCAGAUUAUAUUGUAUUUCAUUCUCCGUACAAUAAGCUAGUGCAGAAAAGUUUUGCUCGGUUGUACUUCAACGACUUUUUGCGCAAUUCCAGCUCUGUCCAGAAGGAAGCAAAAGAAAAGAUGGAGCCUUUUUCAUCCUUGACGAGAGAUGAAAGUUACCAGAGUCGUGACCUUGAAAAGACUUCUCAACAAGUUGCAAAGGACUUGUAUGAUGAGAAGGUUCAACCAUCUACUUUGAUACCGAAACAAGUGGGAAACAUGUACACGGCAUCACUGUAUGCAGCAUUUGCUUCUGUUCUUCAUAACAAACUUAGCAAUCUGGUUGGUAAGCGAAUCGUUAUGUUUUCUUAUGGUAGUGGGUUGUCUUCCACAAUGUUCUCAUUCAGGAUCCAGGAUGGACAACAUCCAUUCACCAUAUCAAACAUUGGUACUGUGAUGAACAUCAAUGGGAAGUUGGAGUCUAGACAUGUGUUUCCACCUGAAAAAUUUAUCGAAACAAUGAAGCUAAUGGAGCACCGAUAUGGAGCUAAAGAUUUUGUCACAGCUAAAGAGACGAGCCUACUGUCCCCUGGCACUUUCUAUCUCGAACGUGUUGAUUCAGUGUAUCGGAGAUUCUAUGCGAAGAAGGGCUCAGAUGGAAAACUGAGCGCAGCUGCUAACGGCACAACGAUCAAUGGCUACUAAACCUGGCGAUAGAUGAUGGAUGAUUCCAAUAUGUUAGCUAUUAUCGUCAUGGUUUCGAUAGUCAAGAUUUGAUUGUUUUUCAGUUUACUUUAAUAUGCAUGUUACUUGUUUAGUUAGUCCUUUUUAACCGAGCUUUGUUGAAGAACUGAAAGCAGGGGUUUUGGUGGAGCUAAGCGAAGCCAUUUCCAACCAUUGAUGUUUUGCCUUGUAUUUUGCGUAGGUCCUCCUCUCCUUGGUCUUUUCUAUAUUAUUACAAGAGAAACAAGUAUCCACACCAUUUGAUAAGCAGAUCCAUUUGCCCUCA